UUAACCCCCUAUGGAGAAUGGGAGCCCCAGUAGGCACCUGCAGCGGCUCGGAGGAAAGGAAAGGUCUGAGGCGGCGGCGGCGGCGGCGGCGGCUGCCACGUCAUGGUCGUCAAGCGGCGGGGCUUCUUGGCCCAGCCGGUUCGUGCUGUGUCUGUACGCGGUGGGCUUCCUGGACUUCUUUGGUGUCAGUAUGAUUGUCCCCUUAUUAAGCCUUCAUGUCAGGUCUUUAGGAGCGAGUCCAACAGUUGCAGGAGUGGUGGGAUCUUUAUAUGGAAUACUACAGCUCUUUUCAAGCACCUUAGUGGGAUCUUGGAGUGAUGUAGUAGGAAGACCAUAUUGCCUACUUGUCUGCAUUCUCUUCAGUGCAUUGGGUUAUUUUGUCCUCAGUAUGUCCACCAAUGUGUUUUUAUUUGCCAUUGCCCGGAUUUUUGUGGGUAUUUUCAAACACACACAUUCCAUUUCAAAAGUUCUCAUUUCUGACCUGGUUUCUGAGAGGGACCGCCUCCUAGUAAUAGGACAUUUCAACGCAGUCUCCAAUUUUGGUUUCAUUCUGGGACCUGUCGUUGGAGGCUACCUUACAGAGCUAGAGGGUGGCUUUUACCUGACAGCCUUCAUCUGUGCUUCCAUCUUCAUCUUGAAUGCUGGUCUUUUCUGGAUGCUGCUAUGGUGUGAAAAAAAGACUUAUGGUAAUGAAUGGAUUUCUAUGACCAAAGUAAGAGAUGUUCGGUCAGCGGAGGUAAAACACAGCCUGCAGUUUCAGUCUCUAUCUCAUGGCGCCAUGAAGCAUGUUACUCCUACUGAGCCUUCUUGGACUCAAGUGGUGUCUGUGCUGAAGAGAUUUGGGAUCAUUGCAAGUUCUGAUCUGUGGGAUGUUUUUCUGGUACGGCUCCUGAUGUCUGUUGCAGUAAUGCUGUAUCAUAGCAAUUUUGUCUUGGCACUUGAUGAGAGGUUUGGGAUGAAGCCUAAACUCACUGGCUACCUCAUAAGCUACAGCAGCACACUUGGAGUAGUUGCUGGCUUUCUGCUUGGACCAAUCACAAGAUUCUAUCAGCACAACACCUAUGCCAUUUUACUACGGUCCACUGUUAUCACCUGUGUGUUCAUGGUGUUAUAUGCUCUAUCCAAAAGUAUAUGGACAGUGAUCUUGUCUUCCACAUUUUUAGCAUUUUCAACCACUGUAGGACGUACUUGUACUACUGACCUUGAACUGACCCUGGGUGGGAACCAGGCCAGUGGUAUGCUCAUCGGAGUGGGUCAGUCCGUCUCAGCUGUGGGCCGCAUUGUUUCUCCACUUCUCUCAGGAAUUGCCCAGGAGAUCAGCCCAUGCGGGCCUGCCGUUGUUGGAGGCCUGUUAGGACUUACCACUGUUCUCAUCCUGGUCUUGAAUAAAUCGCGGUUUUCCGGCAGCAGGAAUACAAAACUGAAAAGCACAUAGUGAAGUGUUUGUAACAAAAACAAAACUGUUGAGAGAAAUGUGAAUGUUGCAUUAAAGACUGUAAGUCUUCAA